UUUAACUCUUAAGCUUCUCUUCUCCCUUCUCUGUCUUUCAAAUUUUUAUCUGCGUCUGCUCUCUAAGAUCUUCUCUCUCGGGUACUUUCGUCUUCGUAACAAAAACAAAAAAAUGGGGUUGACUUUCGCCAAGCUGUUGAGUGGGAUAUUUGCCAAGAAGGAUAUGAGAAUUCUUAUGGUUGGUCUUGAUGCUUCUGGUAAGACCACAAUCUUGUACAAGUUCAAGCUCGGAGAGAUUGUCACCACUAUCCCCACUAUUGGUUUCAAUGUGGAAACUGUGGAAUACAAGAACAUCAGUUUCACCGUGUGGGAUGUCGGUGGUCAGGACAAGAUUCGUCCAUUGUGGAGGCAUUACUUCCAGAACACUGAAGGUCUUAUCUUUGUUGUAGAUAGCAAUGACAGAGACAGAGUUGUUGAGGCUAGAGAUGAACUCCAUAGGAUGCUGAAUGAGGACGAGUUGCGUGAUGCUGUGUUGCUUGUGUUUGCUAACAAGCAAGAUCUUCCGAAUGCAAUGAACGCAGCUGAAAUCACAGAUAAGCUUGGCCUUCACUCCAUCCGUCAGCGUCAUUGGUUCAUUCAGAGCACCUGUGCCACUUCAGGUGUAGGGCUGUACGAAGGUCUUGACUGGCUCUCCAAAAACAUCACUGGCAAGGCAUGAUGAGGGAGAUAUUGCUUUGCAUCGAGAUGACUCUAUCUGCUGUGUUGGAUGCAAGAGAGAUUAUAGAUAUUUUGCUAUUGGGUAUGUGAAUGUUUCUGAUUGUGCAAGUAGAUGUCUUGUACCUAAAGUUUAAUUACUAGAUGAACCCUUUUAAAUAGUUUUCGUUUAUUUGUACAUGGAUUUAUAUGAUUGAUUAUUGCAUAGUUU